UGGUGAUGAUGUGAAGUGUCCGCUCAUCAAGCUAAGAGAAAGAUAGCUGAGUCAACAAAAACUCCUAUUGAGUUCCUAGCCAAGUAUGAUGAACUCAAGUCUAAAAAUAACAGAGAACUGGACCCCUUUGUGUUUCUCCUUUCCAAACUGUGUGAGGAGGAAGAGACAAAAGAGUACAUGGCUAAAAAUGCCAAAGACAAAGCUGAUAAAUCUGGUUUGGCCUUGGCCUCACAUAGCAGGGUCAUUUCACAGCUCCCCGCCCCGGGGGCAAAAAUCACCAUGCAGGAUUUCACAGAGUUAAAGGACACGCUGUUUAAAGAAUCAAAAAUGAUGACUGCAACUACAUCGUCAGAAAUAUUAAGGAAAGCCCUGCAGGAGAAACCAAACAAACGCAAUGUAAACAUUCCUCCUCAGCCAGACUGGUUGUUUAAGAGACCUUCCCUGACCCUGGACUUCAUUGUGGGAGUAGAUGAACCCUCUGAUCAAAAUAUUAUUCCUCUAAGCAGCAUGAGUGUACCAGCUCAGGAGCACGCCAUUCUGGAUGACAUGUUGAACUGUAUGCAGGGAAUUGAGGGUAAAUACAUCCUGGCCCGAGCUCUGACAGAGAGGUAUGCUCCAAAGGAAUUCAUGUUGGACCAAAAUCUGGAUCCAUCUCUACAAGACCUUGUCAGAAGAAUUCUUCCCUUGUGUUGUAACUACUCUACUGUGGUGAGGUUUAUUGAAGAGAAAUCAGCAUUUGAGUAUGGACUCGUCAACCAGGCUUUAAGUGCAGCCAUGAGAACUCUUAUCAAGGACUACAUGGUUCUUGUAGCACAGUUGGAACAUCAAUACAGAUUGGGUAACCUGAGUUUACAGAAGCUGUGGUUUUACAUUCAGCCAACCAUGAAGACACUGGACAUUUUGGCUUCAGUGGCUAACUCUGUCAACAAGGGAGAGUGUAUAGGAGGGGCAGUGUUGAGUCUCCUCCAUGAUAAAACAAGUGGACUGGUUGGGGAUUCAAAAGGACAGGACCUUUGUCUUUACCUUACACAGUCUGCCUCCGUCCCAUACUUUGAGAUUCUAGAGAAGUGGAUUUAUAAAGGAAUCAUCUCAGACCCUUACUCUGAGUUUCUUGUGGAGGAGAAUGAGACAAUUAACAAGGAGAAGUUACAGGAAGAAUACAAUGAUGCAUACUGGGAAGGCCACUACACGAUCUGUCGGGAGCGGAUCCCAGUAUUUCUAGAACAGGUGGCCAACAAAAUCCUCAACACGGGAAAAUAUCUCAAUGUCGUACGACUUUGUGGUCGUGAUGUGCAGUGUCCUUGCGCUGAAGAAAUUGUGUACACAGUGAAGGAAAGGAAAUACUAUGAACAGAUAGAGAAAGCAUAUGAGUACUCUAGUAAACUACUGCUAGAAUUACUAGUGGAAGAGAAGGAACUGAUGGCCAGAAUUAGAUCCAUCAAGCAUUACUUCCUGUUGGACAAGGGGGACUUUAUUGUCCAGUUUAUGGACAUGACGGAGGACGAGAUGAGACAAGAUAUGGAGAACAUCACCCCCACACGUCUGGAGACCUUACUGGAACUGGCUCUCAGGACCAGUACAGCUAACAUUGACCAGUUCAAGGACGAUCUCAGAGUGGAAUUGCUUCCAUUCGACCUUAUCACACAGCUGUUUAAAAUCCUUUCCAUAGAAACAAAGAAAGAAAAAGAGUAUAAAGUAGAUCCAACUGACCUUCACCUCUCUGGACUCGAGUCCUUCUCCUUUGACUACAUGGUCAAGUGGCCAGUGUCCCUGGUUCUUAACAGGAAGGCUCUUAUCAGAUACCAGAUGCUGUUCAGACAUCUGUUUUAUUGUAAACAUGUAGAGAGGCAACUUUGUAGUGUUUGGAUCGGUAACAAGGCAGCCAAGAUGUACUCUCUCCACUCCUCUAAGUGGUACCUGGCCGCCUUCGCUCUCCGCCAGAGGAUGCUCAAUUUUGUCCAGAACUUUGAGUACUACAUGAUGUUUGAGGUGGUAGAACAAAAUUGGCUUGUGUUCCAGCAGAACAUGGAAAAUGUGUCUAACAUAGAUGACGUGUUGGCGUACCACGCUGAUUUCCUGAACACCUGUAUGAAUGACUGUAUGUUAACAGACCCCGACCUUCUGAGGAUUGUACACAAACUGAUGGUGGUGUGUGUCACAUUCUCCAACUUCAUACAGAGAUUGAGUCUGAGCACAGCUGUAGAACCGGAGAGUAAACCGACACGAGAGAGUUCUCUACAGGCCACCAGUAAAGAACACAGAGAGCAGGCCAUUAAAGAAAAACUCAAAACAAAGAAGUUUCUCUCAUACAACAUGGAUGUUGUUGCAGAGCAUGUAGAUCUAAUGAUGGCCAGUGAGAACUUUGAGAGGACAAUUGCAAAUUUUGACCACAACUUCUCAGGCAAACUAAUAGAUUUACUGAGGAAAAUCAUGGACCUGAGUUCAGAAAGUGGACAUUUGAAAUUGCUUAAUAUUCUCUAUAGACUGGAUUUCAAUGGUUUCUACAAGGAGAAGUUAGAAGCCAUGUCAGCAGAGAAAGCUAUUAUGGAAUCUUCUAUACACAGUACAGAUUCUGGAUCCACAGGCUCAUGGCCGACGUCAUCAUUUACGUCACAGCGUCCAGAGACCGCUCAGUACGUCCCCAGCAUCCACAAACAAAGACCGUCAUCUAACUCAUCUAGUUAACUGUCAAUACAUCUCCAGUAUCCACAAACAAAGGCCGUCAUCUAACUCAUCUAGUUAAACAGGGCUGGCCAGAAUAUCACAAGCACUAACAAUGGAAAGAGAUUAAUAAACUAAGUUAUAUUCAA